GAUUUCUGCCAAGGUUGGUUUGGUCUUUGGAAUAUCCAUUCCAUCGCAUCGGUUAUCAACAAAGCUUUUUCGAAUUUCGCAAUUCCUAUUGGUUUUGGGAUAGAACCAAUCCAAUUACUAUUCUGAUUUGUUAAGUUUCCUGGAAGUAGUGUUCUGUGAUGUUAGUGUGAAGUUUGUGCAAAGAAAUCAUUCAAAAUUGUCUCCUUUACCAUGGAAAGUAAUUUGGUCUGCCGACUGUGCUUGUACAACAAUGAAAACAUCGUUUCCAUAUUCGGCGAUCGCCAGAAAGAAAUUAAGCUGCAGGACAAACUUUUACAAUAUUUAAAUCUGGACGUCAAAGAAGACGAUACCCUACCGAGACUGAUUUGCAUGAAAUGCCUCCAAACAGUGGAGAGCUUCCAUAUCUUCUACCAAGAGGUAGCCCAAAAUCAGACCGUUUUUGCGUAUAGUUCCCAACCAGGAAUGAUUGUGAUAAGCGAUCAAAACUCGCAUACUACCUACAUUUUACGGGAGGAAGAGAUUGUCCAACCAUCCUGCAUUGAGGUGACUGAUGGUCUUCAGCAACAUCCGCAGCAUUACAGUGGGGUACUGGGUUCCCCUUCAACAGCUGGCCCAAGUGGGUCCGGUGGGCAUCAAAAGCUGACGUUGGUCCAACUUCCAAGUCAGGGCACAACAACCUUGCUGAACACGGAUCUGCCACCGACCUACGAUGAAGCUCAGAAGCGUAAGGAGGAGCAAAAAGUAGCAACGGUGGCGAAACAAGAGCUGCAAUUAGACAUCGUUGACCCAAUCGAUACAUCUGAAGAUGAAGAACGACUUGAAGAUGUCGAAAUGCUUCCUUCGGGAGAUAGUGAUGAACCGUAUCGGUUCACAAUGUCGCCAAAUAGCGACAGUAGGCCACCUACUGAGGAAUACUUAGAGGACGAAAUUGAGGAGGUGAAUUUUGAGGAUGCAGAUGACGACGAUGAUGAUGAUGAUGAGGUAGAAGAGGAUUAUGAGGUGUUACACACUGACAACGAUGGGGAGAGCGAAAUAGGAACUAAAAAUGUUAGUGAGUUCCCACAGGAGCUUAUCAGAGCAAAUCGUCUGAUUGUACGAGGGCAAGAGCUGUCCAGGUUAAUAGCUAAGUUUUACGAGUUGACGUGCGAACUGUGCAACGAAGGCAAUGGCGACAGUUCAGAGAAGUUUCUGACCUUGGAAGCAUAUUUGACCCACUUUAAAGAUGCUCAUGGGGCCAAGGGUUACGUUUGGUGCUGUAAUAAGAGAAUUAUCAAACCGAAGCUGAUGGCUAUGCACAUGGCCCGGCACAUUCAGCCAGAUGCCUUUAAAUGUCCCGAAUGUAACAAGUUAAUGACCACACCGAGAAUCCUCCAAUAUCAUAUGCAGAACCAUCGACCGGAAGAGGAACGGCCCUACAAAUGCACCCAGUGUCCUCGCCGAUUCAGCUACGCCAGUGCGCUAAGUUCUCACAGUCAGUCGCAUUUGCCGGAAAAGGAACGCACCCAGUACGUGUGCGAUGAAUGCGGCAAAUCGUACAGUUCAGCCAAAUACUGGACGGAACACAUUGCCUUGCGGCACUCCAAAGUGGAACCACUUGCCUACGUCUGUCAUGUCUGUGCCAAGCGAUUCACCUCGAAGAGUAACCUCACCUACCAUCUGACCACCCACCAGCCGAAGAUCCACCAGGUGCAGUGCGAUCAGUGCCAGAAGUGGCUUAAGAACAAGCUCUGCCUGCGGAAGCACAUGGUGCAGCACUCGAUGGUGAGGCACAAAUGCAACUUGUGCGACUACUCGGCAUUGAACCUGCAGUGCUUGAAGAAUCACCUCAGGGUACAGCAUACGGAUUCGAAACCAUUCGCAUGCGAUGUUUGCGGGAAGUCCUUCAAGCUGAAGAACACACUCCUUAACCACCAGGUGCAGCACACCGGUGUUAAGAAGUUUAGCUGUGAGUUUUGCGCACGGACGUUUGCAUCCAGUGGGAACUACUACGCACAUCGGAAACGGAUGCAUCCGCAGGAGUUGGCCGUACAGAAGAAGCGGAAGGAAGAUGAAGAGAAUGAAUUCCGGAAGAAGACACUUUUAACGGAGACUGUGUGAUUAGUCGUUUAAUGUUCAAAAUAAUGUAUUGUACAAAGUAGUGAUUUAUUUAGUUCGGACUGUUUUAAAUAUCAAUAGUAAUGCAGAGCA